GGAGAGGACAUUAUCAGCGACGAGGGGGACGAAGGACUGCCCGCGGACGAAGGCGACUGUUGUGACUGUCUGCCGGGCGGACUUCUCGAGGAACAAGUGCUUGAGCGGCCUCGCGGCGGCGACGGCGGUGAAGGAGAUGGGGAUCUCCUCGUGCUUGACCUGACAGGGACUGAAGUCGAGGCGGUGACCGCUGACGACGAGCUGGCCCAAGAAUGCGGCGGAGUGUCGCGGGGCUCGAUGGGGAUCUCCUCGUGCUUGACCUGUACUGACGACAGGUUGGGGGAUGCGGGUGCCUGGCGAGGCAGGUCGGGAUGGGACGGGAGUGACGUGGCGGGAUGUAGAUCUCAAGGUGCCAGCGUACCAGAGUGCAGGGCCGCUGGGGUGUUGAACUCGUCGGAUUGGCACGAAGUGUCCUUCGUCAACAGUGAUGGACCGUGGAGUGCGAUUAGGGCACGGUUGCCGAUCACAGAUGAAGAAAGGAGCUCUGUCUCCAUUGCUGUUCGGGUCGUCACGAGAGACGUCGACCUGCUCCUGGGUGUCGAAGGCGUGCUCAAGUCAAGAGCAGUCGAAGAAUUCGUCAGCCACGUUGAUGGGGGGAGGAAGGGGAGUAUGCAGCAGGAACCUAGUCCACGCGUCCGUGAGGACAAGUACCGCCCACUGAAGUGC